AUGACUAGCGCCAUGCAUUUACAAAACUGCGGCUCUGUGCUGGUGACGGGCGCCAGCCGAGGUCUCGGGCUGCAGCUGGUCGAGCGCCUGGCGAGUGGAGGCUCCUCCCCCGACAAGAUCAUCGCCGCCAGCAGGAACCCCGCGAGCGCGCAGAAACUUCAGGAGCUGGCAGAGAAACAUCCCAACAUCCACAUCGUCACUUUAGACGUAGUGAGCCAGGAGAGCAUCGAGCACUGUGUGGAGGAGGUGGGCCGGCUGGUGCGAGAGGAGGGUCUGAACUGCGUGAUCAACAACGCAGGGAUCAACGUGGUGGCCGAAAACUUCCACACCAACGCCGUGGCUCCUCUAAUGAUCACCAAGGGCUUCCUGCCUCUGUUGAAACGAGCUGCAUUGAGAGGAGGAGCAGGUGGCGCGGGCGGCAUGGGCAUCCAGAGAGCGGCGGUCAUUAAUAUGACGUCUCUGCUCGGUUCCGUGGCGCUCAACUGGGGCGAACUGGCCAAAAACUUCAAAUGGUACCCCUACAGGACGUCCAAGAGCGCCCUGAACAUGGUGAGUCGCUGUAUGGCUCGAGACCUGGAGCCUGAUGGGAUUCUCUGUGUUGCUGUAGAUCCCGGCUGGGUCCGCACUGACAUGGGGGGGUCUGAGGCUCCACUGAGUGCGGAGGAGAGCAUUUCUUCCCUCCUGUCUGUGAUUGGUGGCCUGACUGAAAAGCAUCACGGGUCAUUUCUGAACUAUACGGGAGAGAUUUUGCCUUGGUGACUCGUCUUAAGAGCGCGUCUAACGGAUCUGAAUGGCUAUUCAUUCCAGUUAGCAUCGUCGGCAACUAGUUAAACUAGCAAAGUUAAAGACUCGGAGAGCACAGCGUUUUAGAAAAUCCUACAUACUGUCCACCCGGUGGAC